AUGGAGGCGGUGGUGGACGCGCGCGCGCGACGGCGGGGGGGGGCGGGCGGUGACGGCGAAGGCGAAGGCGAAGGCGGAGGCGAAGGCGGAGGCGGGCGCCGGCCGGGGACGGCGAAGAUUUUCGUUCACACGUUUGGGUGCUCGCACAAUCACUCGGAUUCGGAGUUCAUGGCGGGACAAUUGCGGCGGUACGGGUACGAACUCGUGGACGCGCCGGAGAAGGCGGAUGGGUGGUUGGUGAAUACGUGCACGGUGAAGAAUCCGAGCCAGAGCGCGAUGAACACCGUCAUCGAACGAGGCAAAGCGGCGAAUAAAGCGAUGGUCAUCGCGGGAUGCGUGCCGCAGGGCGAUAAGGGUGCGAAGGAGUUACGAGAUGUCAGCCUGUUGGGCGUGACGCAGAUUGAUCGCGUGGUGGAGGCGAUGGAGCGAACGUUGGCGGGCGACACCGUGCGGAUGCUGGAGAAGAAAGCCUUGCCCUCGCUCGAUUUGCCAAAGGUGCGACGGAACGAGUUCGUGGAAAUACUGCCGUUAAGCACGGGCUGUUUAGGUGCGUGUACGUAUUGCAAGACGAAACACGCGCGCGGUGAUCUCGGGUCGUACGAGAUUUCUGCGUUGGUGAGUCGAGUCGAACAAGCGAUGGCGGAGGGCGUCUCGGAAGUGUGGCUGUCUUCAGAAGACACUGGCGCGUAUGGGAUCGAUUUGGGCACCGAUGUCGCCGCAUUAUUUCGCGCCAUCACUGCGGUUUUGCCCACGGAUGGGUCGGUGAUGCUUAGACUCGGCAUGACGAACCCACCGUACAUCUUGGCGCACCUCGACGCCGUCGCCGAAGCGAUGCGGCAUCCAUCAGUGUACGCCUGGAUGCACAUUCCGGUACAGAGUGGAUCCAACGCUGUCUUGGAGGGCAUGAAGCGCGAGUACACGGUGGAAGAAUUCAAACGCGUGUGCGAUACGUUGCUCGCCGCCGUGCCAGGCAUGGUCAUCGCGACGGAUAUCAUUUGCGGUUUCCCGGGGGAAACCGACGAGCAAUGGCAAGAAACCAUGAGCCUGAUUGAAGAAUAUAAAUUUCCAGAGGUUCACAUUUCGCAGUUCUAUCCUCGGCCUGGGACUCCCGCGGCGAAGAUGAAGCGAGUGCCGACACAAAUAGUCAAGGCACGUUCGCGCGAGCUCACAGCGCUCUUCGAGUCAUACAUGCCUCACGAGCACUUGGUUGGUAAAACCGAACGCGUUUGGGUGAGUGAUAUCGCGCGCGACGGCACAUCGCUCGUCGCUCAUACGAAAAACUACACACAAAUACUCUUACCUGGAGGCGAAGACCAAAGAGCGCGCUUGAUGGGGCGGAGUGCCAUGGUUGAAAUUUACGAAGCGGCCCGUUGGUCUUGCAAGGCGAGAGUUUUAGAAGUCUUAGAAGUUGAUCCUACCGUUGCCAGGACGACAGCAUUGUACGCGCGGUACUUUACGAUUGAAGCCGCUUUAGUCGCCGCCGAUGACUUUGCUUUUCCACUGCACGAUGCCGCAGUCCAUGCCCUCCUUCACAAACUUACUCACCGCUAA